AGGCCAUGGCAAGCUCCACAUCCAACGACUUCACCAUCAACACCAAGAACAUGUUCAACGUUCGCCAAGAAAGUUGCGACAACGUGGUCGAGCAGACCCUGAAGCUUGCCACCUACACUACCUCCAAGUUAGUGGAGCCAGCCGUGCCGUUCAACUUCCUGGACCACCCAGGAUGCCACCGCAACAUGUCCUUCGAGGACGUGAGAGCCAAGAUCCUUGCUCGAGGGGAGGGAUCGCUGGUGCAAGAGAGCGAGGCUCUCCUGGUCGACACGGGCAAGUUCACCGGACGCUGCCCGAAGGACCGCUACAUCGUGAACGCGGGAGAGGCCGCGAGCAAGGUGGGAUGGGGAGACAUCAACAGAGGGAUUACGGAGGAAGUGUUCGACAAGGUCAUGGAGGGAAGCGCUAAGAGACUCUGCGGGCUGGAAGAAGUUUUUGUCUUCGACGGCUUCGUGGGGGCGAGCCGGUCCUCCCGCAAGGCCGUGCGGGUGGUGACGGAGCUUGCAUGGCACCACCACUUCUGCACCAACAUGUUCAUCCGCCCGACAGAGGAGGAGCUUGCGAGCUUCAAGCCGGACAUCACGAUUCUCAACAGCAGGUACCUGUUCGAGGGAUGGAAGGAGGCUGGGCUGCGGAGCGAGACUUGCGUCGCACUCGACCUGAACCGCGGGCUGUCGGUCAUCACAGGGACGGAGUACUCAGGAGAGAUGAAGAAGGGAGCCUUCUCGAUGAUGAACUACUACCUCCCCCUGCAGAACAUCAUGUCCAUGCACUGCUCUGCGACGGUGGGGAAGGGAGGAGACACGGCCAUCUUCUUCGGGCUUAGCGGGACGGGCAAGACGACGCUCUCGGCUGACACCACCCGCUUCCUCAUCGGAGACGACGAGCACGGCUGGGACGAGGAGGGGAUCUUCAACCUGGAGGGAGGAUGCUACGCCAAGAUGAUCGACCUGGACCCUAGCAAGGAGCCCCUGAUUCAUGCCGCGAUCAAGGAGAACGCUAUCCUAGAGAACAUUGUACUGGAUCAGCACGGCCGGCCGGACUACAAGGACAUCAGUAAGACGGAGAACACGCGAGGAAGCUAUCCCAUGUGGCACAUCCCCAACUACCAGCCCAGCGGCACCGCUCCUCCUCCUCGCAACGUCAUCUUCCUCACGUGCGACGCCUUCGGGGUGCUCCCUCCGGUCUCUCGCCUCUCUACCGAGCAGGCUCUCUACCACCUCGUCUGCGGCUACACGUCCAAGGUGGCAGGGACGGAGAUGGGCAUCACUGAGCCGACCCCAACCUUCUCCAUCUGCUUCGGGGGUGCCUUCAUGCCCCUUCCUGCCCGCGUGUACGCACAGCUCUUCCGCAGCAAGAUCGAGCAGCACGGCUGCCAAGUCUUCCUUGUCAACACCGGAUGGUCCGGCGGCUCCUACGGGACCGGCAGGCGCAUGGACAUCAACACGACGAGGGCGAUCGUGGCUGCAAUCCUCGACGGGUCCAUCGAGGAGGCGACCUUCUCGUCUCCCGAUCCUUGCUUCCAGCUCUCCGUCCCUCUCGCUCUUCCAGGCGUCGACGCGCACGUGCUGAACCCGAGGAACACCUGGGCCUCCCAGGAGGAGUACGAGGCGACGAGCCGCAAGCUGAUGGGAAUGUAUCAAGCUAACUGGCAGCAGUUUGCCAGCGAUCCCUUCAUGGCUCAGCUCAGCAGGUUCGGGCCUGGCGGCGACCGCAGCACCUGAGAAGUCCUGGUAGGGCUGAGCAAGACAAGAUGACCAUAUCCUCCUCUGCCUGCCCUGCCCCCGCCCCCCCCAAGCUCUUCAGCCAUCUAAACUUCAUUAAAGCUCUUGUACGAGCA